AUGUCUACCAAUUUUGAGAAACAUUUCGAAGAAAACGUCGACAAUUGUUCUUUGGAACAAUUAAGAGACAUCUUAAUAAACAAAUCUGGUAAUUCCCAACUCGCCAACCGCUUCAGAGCUCUGUUCAACUUAAAAGGUGCUGCCGAGGAAUUCAAAAUAAAUCCUGAGAAUGCCCGUAAGGCCACCGAGUACAUCAGCGAGUGCUUCGGCGACCAAAGCGAACUCUUGAAGCAUGAGGUCGCAUACGUUUUAGGUCAGACAAAAAACAUGAUUGGAGCCCCAAUUUUGAGACAAGUUCUCGCAGACCGUAACCAGCAAUGUAUGGUUCGCCACGAAGCUGCUGAAGCGCUUGGAGCUCUCGGUGACAAGGAUUCUUUGCCCUUGCUCGAGACAUAUUACAACGACGACCCGUUGUUAGAAAUCAGGCAGACCUGUGAGCUGGCUAUCGGUCGCAUCAAGUGGCAAAAUAGCGAUUCUGCGAAGACGGAAAGUCUACAGGAAUCGCUGUACUCCAGCAUUGACCCUGCACCACCUCUCACACUUGACGCCGACUUCAAGAUCGAGCAAUUAAAAGAAAUCAUGAACGACCAAGAGAAGCCAUUGUUUGAAAGAUACAGAGCCAUGUUCAGGCUUAGAGACAUCGGCAGUGACGAGGCUUGUUUCGCAUUGGCGUCAGGAUUUGAUGAUCCUUCUGCACUUUUCAAGCAUGAAAUCGCUUAUGUUUUCGGCCAAGUUGGUAACCCAAUAGUGGUAUCAAAAUUGAUUGAGGUUUUAAACCGUGAGCAUGAAGCGCCCAUGGUCAGACACGAGGCUGCCGAAGCCCUGGGAUCGAUUGCCACGGAUGACGUAUUGCCCAUUCUAAAGGGUCAUUUGACUGACAAAGACGAUGUAGUUAGAGAAUCAGCUAUCGUGGCCCUUGACAUGUAUGAUUACGAAAACAGCAAUGAGCUGGAGUACACUCCCGCCUAA